AUGGUGGCAAUUACCGUUGCUACUCCUAAUAACAAACUUUCAGCAGGCAGACAGACAGACGGACGCGGUGCGAGUCCCAGGGGCUUUUGGGAGCCUUCCGCAAGGCCUGGCUUCCUUUUGCCUCCCUGCUGCAGGUCUUCCCACUAUUGUCGCUAUUUUCUGCUGCCCUGCUGCUUUUUCGACUUCUAUGGGAAAUACAACCGUCGGCAGAGCCAGAAGAGCCAGUACAGGGAAUAUCUCGAUUUCGUCACAGAGGUCGGGACUGUGUGCGGCUUCCAGGUGGAAGAAGAUUGCCUCCGGAUCCCUUCCACCAAAAGGGUCUGUUUAAUCGGAAUGUCCAGAACUUCCCCGGCGGCACGAGGCGAUCCGGCCCUGGAGGCCGAGAGAAGGGCCUUCAUCAGGAAACGGCAGCCUUGCCACCUAACGGGGCCCCCGGACAAAGCCUGUCCCUUGCGUCGGGAGCAGAGCCCCUCGGCCGCCGGUCAGCUGCAGUGCCCGGAGGCCUCUCGGGGGAGAGAUGGGCGGACUCUCUGGCCCUCUGGGUUUCUGCCUCGGGGCAAAGAACAAGUAAGAAACUGCACCACCCUCCCGCAUGCUUUUGUAGACCAGGUGGCUCUGAAGGUAGCCCACCUGUUGUUAAGCGAGACGGGACGGAGCCUCCACGGACCUUCCAGCCCCUGGAACAGCGGAGGUGAGAGUCGGGCUCCCUAUCCUAACCAUGCCUCAGCUCCCAAAAUCUUGACUCUAGGUGGCACCGGGAGGAUUAGGCCGGAGGAGGAGCGGAAUAAGCAGGUCGAAUCUGCCACGCUGUAACUAGCGACAGGCAUCCUCCCUUUUCCAACAAUUCUU